UGUUGCGCCAGCACGUGUACAGUUGUUAUCUGUGAUUUACGGUGAUUUUGUCACACGGUGGCCAUAUCUGUUUGUCGACAUGUGCUCCGUUAACGACCAAAACAUCCAGGUUGAAGAAAUCGAAAGCAAAUUAAUAAGCAAAGACUGCAUGAAAUGUGGGGAGACGGCCACAGUUGUUAUUCGUAUGAAUGACCCAUUUUGCAGGACAUGUUUUACUGCAUAUGUUGUUCAUAAAUUUCGAGCAGCAAUAGGAAAGUCAAAGUUAAUUCGUGACAGUGAGAAGGUAUUGGUGGCAUUGUCUGGUGGGCCUUCCUCAUGCUGCCUUCUCCAGCUUAUUAAAGAGGGCCUAGGAGAACAUGUUCACAAAAAAUUACGAUUUAAACCCAGUCUGGUAUUUGUAGAUGAGGGUGCUGCAGUUGGGCUGUCUGCAGAGGAACGUCUACAUGGGUACAUGGAGAUUAAGACCAGGAUACUGAACUCAGGCUUCCCGGGCUACAUCACUUCUCUUCAAGUGGGUUAUGAUUCACAGUGUGGUGGUAUUUCCGGUACAAGGCAGCCACCUGACCAGAAUAUAGCCAAUGAGCAAACAGCUUUCCUGACAGUGACUAGUGAUUACACAGCUGAAAGACUUGUCCUCAGCCAACAGGCUGAUGAUAAGCUGAAGGAUUUGAUUGGCUCAGUAAAGUCAACAUCUGAAAAAGAGAAUCUUAUCAGAAUGCUCAGGUACCAUGCCUUGUUAAGACUAGCUCGUCAGACUGGACAUACUAAAGUCAUGUGUGGAGACACAGCAAGCAGAUUGUCAGUCAAACUCCUCACGGGGAUAGCACAAGGAAGGGGUGGUCAUAUACCAUUUGAUACGGGAUUUUCAGACUCUAGAAAUCCGGAUGUUAUGUUCGUGAGACCAUUGAAAGAUUUUGCUGUGAAAGAAGUUUGUGUGUUCAACUUUUACCACAAUAUCACUCCAUUGUUCACUCCAUCACUCACGACAAAGUCAGUUUCAGGAAGCAGCAUAGAAAACCUGACAGAGCAGUUUGUAUAUGGACUACAGGCCGGUUACCUAGCAACUGUCAGUAACAUCACAAGGACUGGAGAAAAGUUGGAUCAUAUAGAGAAAGACAUGGUGACGGAUAAAGAGCACUGUGCUCUAUGCCAGUCCUUGUCAUCGAAGCGCCCUCUGGAGGCUGAAACAGAGGAGAACCAAACAGAUUCACACCAAUUAUCUCUCAGUGAGUUGAUGUCAGGACUAUGCUUUGGAUGCAGAAUGACAGCAAAUGACAUGAUGUACGCCGUCAGCGGUACCAGUCAGGCUAUUGUAUAUAACCCAGGGAUGUACGCAGUCAGUGAAACCAGUCAGGCUAUUGUAUAUAACCCACAGAUGUACGCAGUCAGUGGUACCAGUCAGGCUAUUAUAUAUAACCCACGGAUGUAG